AUGAGCACCUGGAUGAACGAAGCCGCGGUCCCCAACCAUAAUGGCAACGGCUUCCCACACAUGAACGAUCCUAACGCGGCCGGAGCCAUGAUGGAUCCUUCCGCCUUCAUGGGCAGUCCUGCCCAUUUCAAUCCCGCCCAGUUUGCCAAUCCCCAGCAGGCUCAGCAGGCACAGCAACAGCAGGUUCAGCAGCAGCAACAGCAGAUGGCCGCAAUGCAAAAUGGCCAAAUGCGCAACGCCUCUCCGUCAUCCUUUCAGAAUCCCGCCUAUCAAACAAACCCCGUUAUUCCAUCGAAACGACCUCGUCCUCGCGAAGACAGCCUCGCCGGCUCACCGCGACAAAACCCUGGCAUGCUGCCAACGUCACGCUCCGAAACGCCUCAGACCUUUCCCGGCUAUCAACCCGGUAUGCCCCAACAGGCGCAAGGCCAACCUUCGCCGUAUCCCCAUCUUCAAGCCAACGGCUCUGCGAACGCGACACCUUCACCCAUCAUGGCGAAUCAGUUGCGACCCGGAAGCGUGCCUCAGCGAGUUGCGACCGCGUCGCCACACCCUUUCUCCCCCGGUGCGCAACAAUUUGCGCCUCAAGCGUCACCGAAUCCCUCCGAGCACAGCACUCCGCAACCGAACCACUUCAUGCAACAAAACAUGCCCAACAUGCCUCAAGGCUACAAUCCGAACUUCAACCCUUCACCUUCCCCCGCGCGACCCUCCCCCAACCCGAGUGCGAUGGCGGGCUCUGGCAUGAUGCCUCAGCAGAUGGGACAGAUGCCCCAGCAAAUGGGCCAAAUGCCGAACCAGAUGUUGCCCCCCAACAUGCAACCGCGGAAUGCCAUGGAGCACCAACAAAUGGCAGCUUACCAGGCGCGACUUCAGAAACAAUUGCAACAGGGAACGAUGCAGGGAAUGCAGAACAUGCAGAAUAUGCAGAACAUGCAAAAUAUGCAGAACAUGCAAAUGGCAGCUCAGAUGCAGGCUCAAAAUAUGGCGCAAGGCCGUGGAAUGAUGCCGAAGCAGCCCAUGCAAAUGCCUAAUGGUCAGAUGCCCCCGGGCGGUAUGAGGCCCCAACCCCAACAGCGACAGAUGCAGCCACGAACCGACCCGGAGCAAUUCAUGAAGAGUCUCACUACUUUCAUGACCGCUAAGGGCCAACAGCUGGACGCGAACCCAGUCAUCGGCAACCGACCCGUCAAUCUGUUGACAUUAUUCCAAGCCGUGCAGAGCAAGGGAGGUUACAAGCCUACGACUGCUGGUAAUCAAUGGCCUCAUGUUUCGAACAAUAUUGGAUUUCACCCAGGCCAGAUUCCCCAGGCACCCCAGGUAUUGAAGGAGAUAUACGAAAGAAAUCUACUCAGAUUCGAGGAGGCUUGGGUUGCGCAGCAAAGUCGACAACGCAUGAUAGCACAACAGCAGCAACAGCAGCAGCAACAGGGUAUGCCGAACCAGCCAAUGCCGCCAGGCGCCCAACCCCAAACAACACCCACAAAACAAAUGUCUCCGCAAGGGCCGAUGCCGCCUCAACAGCAGCAGCAAAUGAUGCAGUCCGGACAACCGCCAAUGCCUCCUCAAGCUCAAACUCCCGUCAAGCAAGGGUCUUUUAGCGGGCAGCCUCCGUCUGUCAAUGGCUUCCAAACGCCUCAGGCUCCGGGGCCACAUACGCCUGCGAGCGCACAGCAAGGCCAUGCCCGGAACAGCUUGUCUCGCAGCGUAGAACCGACGCCGGGCCACCCCCAAGGAUUUCCAGCAGCUUCUCCUGCGUCUGUCAAAGGUGGUGGACUGCCCAUGCCUGCUCCCCCAGGACUGGACCAAAACCCCAUGGCAGCUUCGAUCAAGCCCCGUAUGCUGCGGCUAGCUCAAGAAUCGGACGAAUACACACCCAGUGCUCGCCCUCUUGAGACCUAUGGUGGUAUCAAUAUUCGAGCUUUCGACCUGAAGGGCUUGGAGCUUCAGGGCUUGAAGCCAGAUAUCCCACCCCCAUACGAACUUGGAUACGUGGAUUUGCACGCUCUGACACGAAGUCUGGAGUCUGGAAUCCACGGCGAAGUACGACUUGCUCUUGACACCCUCGCCGCUGUCACUUCUACGCAGCAUCAGGCUCUGCACAUCCACCUCAAGUACUGCGAAGAGCUCAUCGAAGCUUUACUCGAAUGUGCCGAGGACCAAUUGGACUUGCUUGUCGAAAACACCGAGGAGGCUUCGUCAGACAUUCAAUUGACUCCCUACGAGGACGUGGCUCGUGCCUGUUGGACCGACAAGAUGGGCGUGAAGGAGCUGCCUAAGUUUGGAACCCCCGAGUACGAACUUGACCGUGCUGUUGACCGGUUCUCUUGCGUAAUCACCAUCUUGCGCAACCUUUCCUUCCCUGAAGCUUCCAAUGAAAACCAUCUGGUUCUGGGCGACGAGCUGGUCAUCAAGUUCCUCUGCGCUGUGAUCAGAUAUCUCGGCACGAGAACCAUGUUGUUCCGGACAAACGCAAACACCCUCGAGUUCAUGAAAGACGCCAUUAUUCUACUGUCUAAUAUCGCAGGCGCAGUCGAAAUUCCCGGCCGCGAGCAAGCGCUGUGUUUAUUGCAUUUUUUGCUCUCUUUUGCACCAGCACCUGGACCGUCUGUGGUAGACAAUAAGCUCUACUUCCCACCUUACCAGCCUGGAGUCCAUACGUACACUUUCCAUGCCGUCGAUGCAUUGGCUAGGUUCCUGGCUCGCGACGAACCAAACAGGACGCAUUACAAGACCCUCUUUGCUACGGAAGCCAGCAGUAGCCCACCAUACGACCUGUUGACGCGCUCGUUUGCUCUGGCCACCACAGUUAUUCCCAUCCAGUCACCAGAAUCUAUCGUCGCACACAUCGAGGCUCCCGAGAAAUUCUUUAGGCUUGUCGAAGAUCGGAAGCCUUGGCUCAUGCAGGGUCUUUUGGCUACAGACAUCAUCGCAUCCCUCGCACCCGGAUAUGAGACAGGAAUCGCCAAAUCAUGGCUAUCCAGUGGCAAUGGCUUUGCUCAAUCCCUCUAUCACUUUGUCCAAGUGCUUGGAGCUCAAUUCGAGCAACCAUGGCAAACGCGGAGUGGUCAAGGCGACCCUGCAGGUCGAGACACGGGCUUGGUUUAUAUUGCGACGUCUGGCAUCUCAACCCUUCGGAGACUAGCAGAGAAGGCAAGGGAUCCCAAUGAUCCUAACUCUUUAGUCCCCGCGGACUCAUUACCAUCGGAAGAAAGCCUCUUCAAGAUGAUGAUGAUGCGAUCCCCCGAAUGGACAAAAGACGGAGUGAUGAGGAAUCUUGCUGCCUACGCCUCGCUAGAGUCAUAG